AUGUGGCGAAAGAUUGAGUAGACAACAUUACGUUUUCAGCUCCUCCCAUUUCCUAUCUCUCUAAUAAAUUUCACGAAAAAAAAAAAACAAAAAUCAAAAUGAGCUCCUUCACCACGAAAACUCCGCCACCGUAUCUCCGCCGGCCAAAUUACCAUCGCCGCGUAAACCUACCAUUCUCCGUGAUAUGCAGCGCCGGAAAAUCCCAACAAGACAGCUUCACUCGCCGGAGAACCCUGAUGACCUCGCUUAUAACAUUCACGGGCAUUGGCGCAGCCACGUCAUCAGCAUUAGCACAGGAGAAAUGGGGAACGAGGUCUUUCAUUAAGGAGAAAUAUUUUCAGCCGGGGCUAUCGCCGGAGGAUGCGGCGGCGCGUAUAAAACAGACGGCAGAAGGAUUAAGAGACAUGAGGGAGAUGUUGGAUCACAUGUCGUGGAGGUAUGUUAUAUUCUACAUAAGACUGAAACAGGCUUAUCUGUCUCAGGAUCUGACCAACGCCAUGAACAUCUUACCGGAGAAUCGCCGGAAUGAUUACGUUCAGGCCGCAAAUCAGCUAGUUGAAAACAUGAGUGAGUUGGAUUUUUACGUGCGGACGCCAAAGGUGUACGAGUCGUAUCUCUACUACGAGAAGACAUUGAAAUCGAUAGAUAACGUGGUGGAGCUUCUUGCUUAAUUGUAUUUGUAAUUGUACAUAUAUCUCUCUCUCUUGUCACAUGAGAUCUCUGGACUCAUUACAUUACAUUACAAUACCUUAAUCAGCUUCGAGGCACAUUUCAGCCCGAUGAAAAAUCA